UCACUCACUAUGCUCUGACACCCAACUGCCCGCAGACAGCUGCAGGAUGGCUGGGAGCUUCUUGAAAGGACGCUUCCUCUCCUUGUUCGACUACAAAACGGAAAAAUACAUUGUCGCCAAAAAUAAGACAGUUGGAGUUUUGUACAGACUUAUUCAGUUAUCUCUCAUCGGGUACAUUAUAGGAUGGGUUUUCAUAGUAAAGAAAGGCUACCAGGAGACAGAUGAGGCUAUCCAGAGCUCUAUUAUAACUAAACUGAAGGGAGUCUCAGUGACGAACACCACUGAGUCUGGUCUGCUGGUGUGGGGACCAGAGGACUAUGUCAUCCCACCACAGGGUGAAGCUGUUCUGUUUGUUGUAACCAAUUUCCUAGAAACACCAAACCAGAAGCUGGGAUACUGUGCUGAGAGCCUCAAGGUGCUGGAUGGCCACUGUCAAGACGACGAGGACUGUGAAGAGGGGAGGAUGGUGGUGUCUGGUCAUGGGAUGAUGAGCGGCCGAUGUUUAAGAUACGAUGAAAACUCCACUGGUACCUGCGAAAUCUAUGGCUGGUGUCCCAUUGAAAGAAAAUUCAAACCACAAGAGCCACUGCUGAUACACGCUGAAAACUUCACCAUUUACAUCAAGAAUUUCAUCCAAUUUCCAAAAUUCGAAUUUUCAAAGUCCAACGUUUUCGAAACAAAUGAUCACUCCUAUUUGAAGACAUGUCGAUUUGAUGAGGAGCUCCACCCCUACUGCCCCAUCUUUCGCCUGGGUGACAUCACCAGACGAGCCCGACACAACUUCCACGACAUGGCGACAUCGGGUGGCUCCAUUGGCAUUAUGAUAAAGUGGGACUGUGACCUUGACAAAGGUUACUCUCACUGCCAUCCACAGUACCACUUUACUCGUCUGGAUGUCUCCAACAUGACUAUCGUAAAGGGGUUUAACUUCAGACACAGUCGGUAUUACCAAAACGCUGAUGGUGAGACCUAUCGCUCUCUAUUCAAAGUCUAUGGCAUCCGAUUUACCAUCAUGGUGCACGGAAAGGCCGGGAAGUUCAGCAUCGUCCCAACAGCCAUCAAUGUUGGUUCAGGGCUGGCUCUGAUGGGUGCUGGAGCUUUCUUCUGUGACAUGGUUCUUCUCUACCUGUUGAAGAAGGGCGACUCUUAUCGACAGAGGAAGUUUGAAGCAGCCAAAGGUAUGGAAUCAACAUCCGAAGACAACUGUGUGAAAGACAGAAAGGAUGCCAUGGAACAGGAGAAUCUGACGUCUUAGUCUUUUCACCACAUAAGAUGAGUUUGCACCAUGCUCUCGCUGGUUAUACUGUAGUAUAACAAUCUGUAUUAUAUAUUAUAAAAAUGACAGCAGUACAGUACGACUUAUGUUGUACUGUUGUGGAGCUCUUGUUAGAUGGGGCACCUUUUUGCCUUAAAUUUGUAAGACCUCUAUUUUUAUAACUUGAAAACACUUAUUAAAAAGAAUCAUGAACACAGAUUGCAUUAACUUUGUCACACUGUUAACACUGUCUGAAACUAUUGUUGCAUCUAGGCCACUUUUACUGAUGCUUUUAUUAUAACAACUUUUUUUUUAACCAAACAUAUUAUUAAUUUAUUGAAACUAUUUUAGAUAUUUUAUAUGGAUAAAUAUUGUUUAAAAUCAGCAAGAUAUCAAGAAUCAAGCCAUUCAAGACUCAUCUUUACAAAUCCUUUUAUUUUAUUUUAUUUUAUUAUGCGGUAGCCUGGCGACCUGUCCAGGGUGUACCCUGCCUCUCGCCCAAUGUCAGUUGGGAUAGGCCCCAACUCCCCAGCAGUUAGAAAAUGGAUGGAUGGAUUAUUAUUUUUUAUCUUUUUUUAUUUUUUAAUUUUAUUUUAUUUUUAUAUUUUAAUUCAUUUUAUUAUUAUUUUUAAUUUUAUUUUUUAAUUUAUUUUAUUCAUUUUUAUUUUAUUCUAUUUUUUAACUUCAAAAAGCAUAUUUUUAAGGAAACACAGACUUUCUUUAUGGUCAUUAUGACCUACUGUGUAAAGGUUGGAUUGCUGAUUGGAUAAAAGGACAUUUUUGUAGGUCACAUUUGCUGCCUUACCGUAAAGAUGUAACAGGUAUGGUGACUGAUACGCUAAUUAUUAUAAAGUUUAUAUAUACUGUAUAAAUGUACUUUAAACAUCAUUGUUUAAACCAAAUGUCUACAGAGAGGCCUCACACUGUGGCUCGGUAUUUAUGCCACAUAUCACUGAGACUAAGAGUCAUUUAUGUUUAUAGAAAUUCUCAUUAAAUUAUCGGAGGCCACAGGAUAAUAUAUACCAGGUAUGACUCUGCACUAAUUUUCAAAACCACUUAUCCUGUCCUGGGCUGUGGGAGGCAUCAACAGAUCAAAAUGCAAAACAGAGCAAACUUCACUCAAGUUAUUAUUUUACAUUUUACAAGACUUAAAUCACAUUCUUUUUUUAGUACCUUGCUUGUUCAGCUGGUUUUCUAACUAAUCUUUUAUUUAUUAACUGAUACAGAGGAAAGCUCUGCUUGUAAACUAAAUGUGCUAAUAAAGAUUUUAUUCUGGUGAAA